AUGAGCGUCAACCAGCAGAUCACGCUUUACAACUCGAAGGCGAGCUCAGCCGGCCAGAGAGUAACAAUUGCGCUCGAGGAGGCCAAGGUCCCGUACACCACCUACCCCAUCGAGAUAUUUGCUCCCAAACCCGUCUGGUACUUGGAGAAGAUCAACCCUCCUGGACUGACUCAACGGUUCUCAUCGAAUCAUGCAUCAUUCAUCCUCGAAUUCAUCGCCGACCUGCAUCCCCACUCCAACCUCCUCCCACCGCCGCACGACCCCGUCGCACGCGCCAAAGUGCGCCUGUUCAUCGACGCAGUCAACACGCACGUGCACAAGCAAUACACCGCGUUCAUGGGACGCGCCGGCGGGCCGCACACUGUGCUCCUCGACGGGCUGCGGAGGGUGCAGGCGCUCCUACCCGAACUUCGUGCUAGCGCCGACGCCGACGCCGAUGGGGGAAAGUGGGCGGUGGAGAUGCACUUCACGAUCGCGGAUGCGGCGUUUGCGCCGAUUAUAGCGCGAGUGGAGCUCGCGUGCAGGUAUGGUAUUGGGCGGUACGGUGAAGGCGAGAACAGGCGGCUUAUGGAGGCGCUGGAGGCGCUCGAGUUCGCGAGGAUGAAGAGGUACAGGGAGGAUUUGUACGCGAGGGAGAGUUUAAGGGCGACAUGGGAUGAGGAGUAUAUGGUGGUUGAGUUCAAAAAGUAUUUUGCCUGA